AUGAACUUACAACAUAUCGUCGAUUCAAUACGACUACUAGUAGUCACUUAUCUUAUAUCUUUGAUCACAAUUGUACCUUUACUAAAUACUGUUGAAGGUUCACACGUCAAAACUUAUGGUUGGUCAAAUGCAUAUAAUCCAUUUCUUUACUCAGACUUAACAGGAACAAUACGAGAAUUAACAUCGAACGAUAUUAGUGAUGAUACGGAUAAACGUUUUCAGCCACCAUUGGAUAUAGAUAAUGAAAAUAUACAACCAGUUGAUGAAGGUUAUCGUUUAGCAAGUACUGAUAAUAUUGUUCCUGCACGAUCGGUAAAACUUGUAAAACAGAUAAUAGAAUUUUGGAAUAAUAAUUCUCAAUCGAUAUCAAAUAAUAUUUCACCAACAAUUAAAUUACCAAGCAUUCAUCAAUUAUCACAUCAAUUUACUGAAUGGUUUUAUACAUCAUGGAAUAAUUUAUCAACAUUUACAUCUGAUCAUUUUUUUCCCGAUUGUCAAUUAACUCUUAUACAUGAAAAUCAUCGUCGAAUAUUAGGUGCAUAUUAUGUUUGUGAUACACUUCGUUCUUAUAUUACUAGUCAAGAUUUACGUUUUUAUCCAAAUAUACAAUCGAAUAAAGUUGAAGAAUCUAAACAUGGUCUUGUUUCAAUACAAAUUUCAGGAACAAUACAUCAACGUGGUACAUGUAUUGGAAUAUUUGAUCAAUCAUUUGGUUUAGUUCGUGAUCCGAAUCAUAGUAAUAAUUAUUUAAUUAAAUUUUGUUUUCUUAAUAUGCAAACACAACAACAAACACAUCAACCACAAUUAUUAUCAGCUAAUCAACCAAUACCAAUAUAUCUUGUUGAUAUGAUGCAAAAUUAUGAUCAAACAGUUCAACAACAAAUUGAUUCAACUGAUUAUUUUAUUGAAGAUCCUGAUGAUGAUGACGAUGAUGAUGAUGAUGAUAGGAUUUAA